AUGUCGAGUCUAGCAUCGGUAGGGCUAGAGCCGAGCGAUAAGAAGACGCCGGUGAACAAGUGGGAGCUGUACGGGUGGUACUCGUACAAUGUGGCCGUCAACGCCUUCAGCUCCGUCGCCAUGCCCAUCUUCUUCCCGCUCCUGCUGCUCCUGCUCGCCGAAGCACACGCAUGGCUACAGGCGGGGGACUCGAAGCCGCCCAACUGCAGCGACUCCGUGUCGAUCAACUGCGUCAAAUGCAUUCCGGGACGCGGCGACCAGCUCGUCACCGCUGCGGGGUACCAGGACCUGAUUCUGCCCAUGGUGCACGCGGGUCCCCUGGCAGUGAACCCCGUGUCAUACGCCACCAUCAUCAUCGGCAUCGCUGUCAUCUGCCAAGUCUUCGCGCUCAUCUCCUUUGGCCCCUUCACGGACUAUGGCACUGGCCGCAUGGACCUGCUCAAGGUGGGAACGCUGAUCGGCGUGGUGCCAUCCAUUGUGAUCGGUGUGUUGGGCGACAGCUCCUACUGGUGGUUCGCUGGCCUGCUCGUCAUCAUCGCCAACGUUGGCUAUGGCCUCUGCACCGUCAGCUACAACAGCUAUCUGCCUGUGCUGGUGGAUGCCACGCCAGCAGUGAUGCAUGCUGAGGUGUCAGGCGACAAGGAGAAGAUUGCGUCUAUCCGGGAACAGGUUGAAAACCGCAUCUCCCUCAUCGGUCUUGCAGCGGGCUGCCUGGCAGACGUGGUGGCGACCCUAGCCGCCUUUGUCAUCACGCUCGCAGCCACCACCGACCUGCUCAAGAUGCGCCUCGCAGGGGCCUUCUGCGGCCUCUGGUGGCUCGUCUUCUCCAUCUUCACCUUCCUCUGGCUCCGCACCCGCCCGGGCCCGCCGCCGCCCGCCUCCGCCACCGCGGGCGGCGCGGGCGGCAACGCCGCCCUGACCAUCGUCGCUAGCUGGCGGCACAUGGGCGCGCUGGUCUCCGAGGCGAGGCGGUACCGGAACGCGUUUGUCUUCAUGCUGUGCUAUUUCAUCUAUGCGGAUGGGUUCUCCACUGUGAUUCAAGUCGGGGUGCUGUUCGGUCAGCACGACCUGUGUGUGGAACCCGCAAUGCUAGCCGUCAUUGCUACCUCGGUCUCCUUCUGGGCUGCGCUUGGGAUGCCGUUGGCUUACUACCUUCAGAAGCGGCUCGGGUGGAACAACAAGACGAUGGUCGUCGCGCUGCUGACCGCCAUGCUGCCGCUGCCGCUAUGGGGUUUGCUAGGGUAUUUUACCCCGGACGGCGGGCUCGGGCUGAAGGCGUCGUGGGAGCUGUUUGCGUACUCGGGGUGGUUUGGGUUCUGCCUGGGCCCGCUGAUCUCGUACUCGCGCACGCUGUUUGUGGACCUCAUUCCCAAGGGCCGCGAGGGUGCCUUCUUCUCGCUCUACGCCAUCAGCGACAAGGGCAGCUCGUGGCUGGGGCCCUUUGUUGUGGCGGCUAUUGCUCAGUUCACGGGGAAGAUCCGGCCCGCCUUCCUGUACAUCUUCGUUGUGAUGCUCGUGCCAAUCUUCUUCCUCAACACGUACCUGGAUUACUCGCAAGGACUCAAGGAGUCAGGCCGGCACGACGGGCAUGGGCAGCAGCCUAGUGCGGUCGAUGCAGCUGAGCUUGGGGAGGAGGAGCGUGUUCCUCUCACCCAGCUGGAUGUGUACAUUUACGACUACCUAUGCAAGCGAGGCUUGCCGAAAUCCGCGGAAACGUUUCUCGCCGAGGCGAAAGUCUCGUCAGACCCCGUCGCCAUAAAUGCUCCUGGAGGGUUCCUUUUCGAGUGGUGGUCGGUGUUCUGGGACAUAUUUAUCGCACGGACCAAUGAGAAGCAUUCCGAAGUCGCGGCUUCCUAUAUCGAGACUCAGCAGAUCAAAGCAAGGGAGCUGCAGCGGCAGCAGAGGGCCCAGCAAAGGCAGCAGCUGAAGCAAGAGCUAGGCGGUCCCAUCCAACCAUCCCCACACCAGGCAACCCAGCAGGCCGCAGCGAGUGGUGUGCUGGCGAGCCGGCUGUAUGAGGAGCGGCUGAAGCAGGCGCAGCUGGCCAGGGCGGAGAGCGGGGCGAGCAUGGAUGAGGCUGCGGCUCUCAGGGAGAGCAAGGCAGAUGUGCAUGCAGUCAUGUCGGGGCGGGCAGGAUCGGCCAUAUCUGACAAUGCACUCGCGUCCAUGGCACAAGGCAUAUCAUCAGCUGCUAGGUCGGCUCAGUUGCAGCAGAUGAAGGGAAACUGGCCCGCAGGUCUUUCGAUUGCACGUCUCUUCAACUCGCCCCAGUACCAGAUGCUCUCGCCCAUACAGCAGCAGCACCUGCUGCAGCAGGCACAGGCACAGGGCCUCAUCACCAACGCAGGCGCGCUAGCAGGGCUAGCAGGCGCGGGGGGAGGCGCAGGGGGGGCAGCAGGGGGAGCAGCAGGGGCGGGCGCAGCAGCGGGAAUGCAAGGGGGAGGGGGAGCGGGAGCUGGGGCGGUCAGUGGUGGGGCGGGUUUGGGCGGCAAUCUGCCUGGGCGGGCGGCAGGAGGGACGUCCCUAGUGGGAUUCGGGGCGGGUAUGGCUACAGAAAUGGAAAACCGGCAGCUGAGACAGUUACUGAGUAAGGGGGUAGCUGGGAGCCCUGCUGCUGCAGCUGCGAUGGCAGCAGCGGCAGCAGCGGGAGCGGGGGGAAAAGCAGGAGGGGAGGAGGGGGGUGGGUCCCCCAGUGUGGGGUCGCCUGCUGGGUUGCUGCCGUCCGGUGCUGCUGCUGCUGUGGCGGCUGCUGCUGCUCUCAGUCGAGGGGCGUCGCCUCAAGAGCAGCAAGAGAUGAUUCUCAAGACGUCUCAAAAUGUGCUCAGCUCAUUGACGCCCUUUUUUUACUUGUGUGUCGCCCUGCUUGCUGUGUUCUUGUUCUUUUCAGCUGCAAGCUCAACGAGCACGGGCCAUGGGCGCGCAGGGGGCCAUGGGGGGCCUGAUGGGCGCACAGGUGAAGCAGGAGCAGCUGCUGCUGCUGCAGCAACACCAGCAGUUGCUACUGCAGCAGCAGCAGCAACAACAGCAGCAACAACAGCAGCAACAGCAGCAGCAGGUGAUGGGGGCGCCUGGGCAGCACAUGCAGCAGGAGGGGCAUCAGGGGGGGAUGGGACGGCAGGGCAGCAUAGGCGGACCAGUGAGAGCAGCAGGGCAGCAGCAGCAGGGUCAGGCGCAGGGACAGGGACAGGGGCAGGGGGGACAGGGAGGGGCACAGGGGGGGAUGCAGGGGCAGCAAGAGCAGCAGCAGCAGCAGCAGAUGGGUGUGCCUGCUUUGGCAUGGAAGGGACGCUCUCAGGCGAGCCGUCCCCGGGGAACCAGCUGGUGGAGCUGGAGCGGUUUGGGGUGGGGGUGGGGGACGACGGGUCGCUGGAUGACAAUGUGGACUCGUUCCUCUCCACUGACGAUGGCGAUGGCCGCGAGCCGCUCUUCUGCACCGGCAAGCGCAGCAGCAUGGGCAGCAUGGACGGGAAAGGUGGGUGCGUGUGGGAGGGGGGAGGGGGGGAUGGGAGGCGAACUGGUGGGGUUCAAACCCGCUUCUCCCUCUACUCCUCUCUCCAACCCCCCCACAGGGUUCUAACCCGCUUCUCCCUCUACUCCUCUCUCCAACCCCCCCACAGGUUUCUAACCCGCUUCUCCCUCUACUCCUCUCUCCAACCCCCCCACAGGGUUCUAACCCGCUUCUCCCUCUACUCCUCUCUCCAACCCCCCCACAGGGUUCUAACCCGCUUCUCCCUCUACUCCUCUCUCCAACCCCCCCACAGGGUUCUCCUUCACGGAGAACGGGUGCCUGAGGGCCAGCUCCACCAAGGUUUCUCCUUCACGGAGUAUGGGUGCCUAAGGGCCAGCUCCACCAAGGUGGUGUGCUGCCACUUCUCCCAGGACGGGAAGCUGCUUGCGAGUGCGGGCCACGACAAGACGGCUGUGCUGUGGGAGAUGGAUUCCCUCUCCAUGCGCGCCACGCUGGAGGGCCACUCGCUGCUCAUCACCGACGUGCGGUUCAGCCCCAGCCUGCCACGUGUCGCCACGUCAUCGUUUGACAAGACCGUGCGCGUGUGGGACAUUGACAAUCCGGCCUUCCCUCUGCGCACGCUAGCGGGGCACAUGACAUCUGUGGUGUCGUUGGACUUCCACCCCGAGGACGAGGACCUGCUCUGCUCCUGCGACGCUGACGGGGAGAUUCGCUACUGGAGUGUCAAUCAGGAGAUGUGCACCCGGGUGUUCAAGGGUGCCACCACGCAGGUGCGCUUUCAGCCGCGCAUGGGGCGGCUACUGGCAGCAGCGGCUGAGUCGGUAGUCUCGAUAUUCGACGUCGAGACAGAGGCCUGCCUGCGCACGCUCGAGCAACGGCACAGCAAGCCAGUCCAUUCAGUCUGCUGGGACGCUACGGGAGAGUUCAUCGCUUCUGUCUCAGAGGAUGCAGUGCGAGUGUAUGCGCUGGGCCCGGGCAACGGGGGCGAGUGUGUGCACGAGCUGGUCAGCAGCGGCAACAAGUUCCACUCGUGCACCUUCCACCCCAAGUACCCCUCACUGCUCGUCAUCGGCUGCUACCAAUCGUUGGAGCUAUGGAAUAUGGUGGAGAACAAGAGCAUGAUUGUGCAAGGGGCACAUGACGGGCUUAUCGCUGCACUUGCGCAUUCGCAGGCGCGUGGGCUCCCGACCGAUGCGAGCUCUGAGUUCAAGCAACCUGCUCCUAAGAAGGCGACAGGAAUUCAAGCAGAGGCGGCGGAUCUACCACGGGGCUCGCGAGCAGAACCAGCGCUGGCGGAAGAGGCGCAUCCGGGGCUGGCGGAGCAGGCGGAGCGGGCGGAGCAGGUGUCCGCGCGGCCCCCAGUGCGGCGAAAGGCGUUUCGCAGGCAGCGGGGAGGGGGAGAUUUGAAGGGCCUCAAUAUCAAACUCCCAUGGGGAGAGGGCGAGGGGGGAAUGCAGCGGCGCAGCGAGGCUCUGGAAGGUGGUGAGGUGGCAGAAGGGACGGCCGCCGUGUCAGCAGCGCGGGAUGCUGAUGUGGCAGGAACAGCAGGUGGAGAGGAUGUGUCGGUAGGAGAGAGGGAAGGGGACGCGCAAGGGGCGGAAGGGGCUACUACCAGCUAUGACAGGGGCGAGGAGGAAGGGGCAACUAUCACUGACCAGGGGGAGGAGGGCGGGGCAAUCAGCGGUGACAGGGGCGAGGAGGAAGAAGAGACCAGCGCUGCCCUGGGGGAUCCGGACGAGGCUACUGUAGCUGGUGGGAUGUUGGCGCUGCAACUGGCUCAUGUGGCUGGCGAGCACAAGGAGAGGGAGCAGGCGGAGGGGGAGCAGGCGGAGGGGGAGCAGGCGGAAGGAGAACAAGCGGAAGGAGAGCACGCGGAAGAGCUGGCGGAAGGAGAGCAUGCAGAAGGGGGGCAGGCGGAGGGGGAGCAGGCGGAGGGGGAGCAGGCGGAGGGGGAGCAGACGGAGAGGGAGCAGACGGAGGGGAAGCAGACGGAAGGGGAGCGGGCGGAGGGGGACCAGGAGGAAAGUGCGAGAUGCUCUGUGAGUAGUGACGGCAGUGGUUUUGCUGCGUUGCUAGAAGCAGCGGGAGCAGUUGGAGCAGCUGGUGGCGGUGGUGGUUUUGCUGCUGGUGUUGCUGGUGCUGCUCCCGAUAUGCAAGAUGCUACUCAGCGAGGGGAUGUUGGUGCUACUGCUAGCACUUCACGUGUUUCAGCAAGUUUGGAUGGCUCGGUGUACAGCGACGUAGGCUCGGUGCACAGCAACGCAGGCUCGGUGCACAGCCAUGGGGAUCUGGAUCUGGUAGCCUCGGGCUCUGUGGGUUCGGAAAGUAGUGAAAGGGGUGAGAGGGGCGAGAGGGGCGAACAGGAGGGGAUGGUACCGGCAGUGGCAGCAGUACUGGAGGAGCUAUCUGGCCUCCCUUGGUCGACUCAAGCAGCGAUUGUGAGGAACAGGGAGUUGCAGGUGCAGGCGAUGCUGGUGCUGCAAGAAGAGGCUGCUGAGGAGAGGAACCGAGAGAACAUGGUGAGUGCGUGGGAGGGAUGGAGGAAUGUUGUGAGGCUACUCAAAACGGAACAGGGAGUUGCAGGUGCAGGCGAUGCUGGUGCUGCAAGAAGAAGCAGCGGAGGAGAGGAACGGGCAGAACAUGGUGAGUGUGGGGAGAGGAGGGAGGAGAUGCACAGGCAGAGCAUGAUGAUUGGGGGGCGUGGGGCCGCUGCUACAGCAGCAGCAGCAGCAGCAGCAGCAUCGUCUUACCAGAACGCAUUCUCCCCACUCCCUCCUCCCCUCUCCCUUCUCCCCACUCCCUCUUCCCCUCUCCCUUCUCCCCACUCCCUCCUCCCCUCUCCCUUCUCCCCACUCCCUCCUCCCCUCUCCCUUCUCCCCACUCCCUCCUCCCCUCUCCCUUCUCCCCACCCCCUCCUCCCCUCUCCCUUCUCCCCACUCCCUCCUCCCCUCUCCCUUCUCUCUCCCACCUCUCCCUCUUCCCCAAUCCCCUUGCCUCUCCCCUCUUCCCCCCACCCCUCCCCACCCCUCCAGGCGGCCCUAGCAGCAGCAGCAAGCUACUGCUCACACCUCCAGAGGCGGCUGUCUGAGCAGCAGGGGCAGCAGCAGCGGAGGCAGAUGCACCAGCGGGCACGGCAGCUGCUGAGUGAGGAGGGCGCGGCCCUAGCAGCAGCAGCAAGCUACUGUUCUCACCUCCAGAGGCGGCUGUCUGAGCAGCAGGGGCAGCAGCAGCGGAGGCAGAUGCACCAGCGGGCGCAACAAUUGCUCAGUGAGGAGGGCGUGCGGUCGCUGCUGCAGCAGGAGGAGCAGCAGCGCAGGGACCACCGGCUGGCUCUAAGGAGCAUCAUUCAGGCGCUGUCGGAUUCGCUGGUGAAACUGCCCAUCCACCCCUCCAGCACGGUGAAUGCAGCGCGGCUCAAGGAGCAGUUAGACGGCCUGCACGAACUGCUCACAGCCAUGCAGCCCUGUGCUGACGACCUCUACCAGGUGCCUGGGGUGGCGUGCCUUGUCUCAUCCAUAGCCGAUCAUCUCACCGCUACCAAGGCGGCUCUCGAUGCUGCAUGUGGCAACAGUGACCGCCUUGCUGAUGCUGCUUUGAAGGAGCAGACCAAGGGUUUCCAGCUGCAGCAGCUCGCAGACCUCUCGCGACCGGAGCUAGCCUGUGUUGUGGAGCUGUUGAUGGAGGAAAGGUCCGGCUCGCCUGCUAGGUUUCGGAUAGGAUACGCUCUGGUGCAGAAGAAAAUCAACAGCUUUUUGCAGGAGAAGCUUCAGAGGGAGUCUAUUAGGAAAGGUAUCGAGCUGGUAAAAAUAGAUCUGUCGAAACCGCUAGCAGAGCAAGGACCUUUUGACGCCAUUCUUCACAAGAUUCCAUCGCAACAGUGGUAUGAGGAGUUGGAGGAGUAUCAACUGAGCAGACCAGAUGUGCUUGUCAUUGACCCACCAGAAGCCAUCGCGCGGUUAUACAAUCGUAUUUCCAUGCUUCAGGCUGUCGACGACAAAUUGCAAUACGAGUGUGGAUGCGUCGUCGGGAUCCCUAAACAAAUUGUUGUGCAUGAGAAGCAGUCAGUCACCGAAAGCUUUGCGACCUCCGGCCUGUCGUUUCCUGUCAUCGCGAAACCACUGCUAGUUGACGGAACGCCUAAGUCGCAUCUCAUGUGGCUUGUGUACAACGAGGAAGGAUUGAAGAAGCUCUUACCACCAUUCGUUCUUCAAAAGUUUGUCAAUCACGGUGGUGUGAUUUUUAAAGUCUACGUCGUGGGGAAUCAAGUGAAGUGUCUUCGACGGAAGUCAUUGCCUGAUCCUCAACCGCAAGACCUUGCAAACCCUGAUGGAUUAAGAUCAUUUUCAGCGAUUAUUCUAUCUGCUGCCACUACAAUACCGGUAGUUAAACCAUAA